GGGUGACAGUGUUGAUCAAACGACAAAAAAUUUCAAAGCAAUAACGAUUGAUCAAAAGCUUUUAAAAAAAACAACAAAUAAUACGAAAGAAAAAUUGUAUGAUAAAUGUCCCGAUUCAAGAAUAUGUUGGAAUGAAGAAGAAACAACAAUUGUACUUGCUUACUGUGAAAUUGCUGGGCUACCCUUUAAUGUUAUAGAUGAAUUUAAGUGGGAGUCUGACCGUCAAAAAUUAAUUAAAAUAGCAAAAAAUAGUACAAGAAACAUAAUCAGAGAUUUGAAACGGGCUCAUAACAAGUACAUAUCUGAAGAAAUAAUUAUACAACUUCGAAGUCAACCAAGAAUCUUAUUUUUAGUCUAUGGAACAUAUUUAAAGAUUUUGUAUUAUGAUGAAUCCCUGUUUCCAUUUGGUCGAAUUCGGGUUCUAAUGGAUCAGCAAAUUCCAUAUAAGAAGGAUUCACUUAAUACAUUAUCUUUUGUAAAAGGACUUUUAUCAGUACGACAAAAUUUAAAAAAUUGGAAAAUGUUAUUGAUUAAAUGUAGAAAGGAAAUUGCAAACAAUAGAAAUCUUCAAAUUACUAUA